UCCUCUUACCUACAUUCUUCCUUUGGAAAGGACAUAAGAAAUUAAAAAAUAUUGCGGAGAAUUUUUCAAUGGUAACCCUAAUGUGUUCCUUGUAACUCGUUAUACAGCUGUCAAAGUUCACAGACAAAAAUAAAAAUGUCAACGUCAAUCUGUCAUUAUUUAAAAAUGGCGGCGGCGAGUGUACGGUCCGCCCUGCGCCCGCGCAAAGCCUUAGCAGACAUAGAGAUAGAGGACGUCCUAAAUGACUCGGAAUUUGAUUACUCGGGAAAUGAUUCAGACGACGACCCUAUGUUUCUUCCAUCAGAAAUUGCAAAACAUGCCAGUAUCGAGUCUGAGUCAAGCAGCAGUUCGGAUGAAGAAGAAAAUGUACCCGAUCCUCCUGUUACACCACCUUUAUCAUAUUCUGAUGUAUCAGAGUUAGCAACUACAAGUUCUUCUUCAAGGGGACUAGCCAGAUCUUCAUCAAGAGCACGCAGCCGCGGGAGAGGUAGAAACAGAGGAAGAGGCCGAGGACGAGGUAGGGACAGCAAUGCACAAGCGCAAUCACCGCCUUCCCUUCAGACAAGGGCUUCUGCUUCCAGUGUUCAGGAUAAUUGGUCGAAAGAAUAUUUUCAGCCUGAAAUAAGACCACUGACACAACCGGCAUAUAAGCAGAUAGAUUAUUCAGAUUAUGAAUGGUAGGUACCAAUUUUACGAACAAUACAUUGACGCCGAUAUUCUGUUUCAAAUAAUUGAUGCUACUAAUAGAACUCACAUUUUGAACACUGGAAAGUCACUUGGACUUAGUCUAAGAGAGUUAAACGUGUUUAUUGGAAUAACUCAAGUCAUGUCAGCUCUCCAGUAUCCACAAAUUGAUA